AUGCAACGAACCCUUUGUAAUUACAGAAAUCCAACUUGUACCGGUACCUCGGUGAUUGCUCUCCAGUAUGAGAAAGGUGUUGUUAUUAUGACCGAUCGUAAUGUAUCUCGUCAGUAUAAAGUGAACAACAACAUGAUUAUCGCUUUUGGAGGUGAUCAUGCGGAUUUCCAAUGGCUUCAAAACGUCAUAGAAAGACAGGUAUUGGCAUGGAAGAUGAUUGGUCAGGAUCUCUCACCUAAAGCCCUUCACGGGUUUUUGACAAGCCUCAUGUAUGCU